AGGAAGUAAGCUGCUGCGUUACAUUUAAAUUCUCCUCAGUGUAUGAAUUUGUUUAAUAAACACACGAUGAGAUGCGAAUAUUAGUAUUGAAGUUAAAGAAUAGUUUCUAAUUGGAGGAGUUAAGUGCAGCCGGACAGAUGAGUGUGCGUGCUUUGUGGAUUAUUUCUCAUGAGAAGGGAGAAAAUGUGUCAAUACGCUUUGCGAGGAGGUUUGCUACUGUGGAGCACCGUGCAAAGAUCCUAGCAGGUUCCUCCUAUACAGAAGUCCCAGAAGACAACACUGUGCUGCAGCUCCUGCUCACUGAGUUAGGGCUGUCAGACCCAGACAAGCCAUAUGUAGCUCUCAGAGAUGAUUGCCUUUAUCGUCAGCGGUCACCAGCCCUGGAGCUGCAUGUGGAUGGUCCUAGAAAGGGAAUACUUUGGCCAGUGUUGGCCAUCGCACAAGGGCCUCUUACCCUAGCUUGCCUGCCUUUAGUGGAUGCCCCUGCUGAGCCACGGCCACCCCUUGCCAGCCUGCUGUCUGUCUCACAGGGCCUCACACUCUUGGCAGGUCUGCAGACUUUUCUCCUCGGUUCUGGGGCUAAGCCUGAUAGCGAGGGGCUGGCCUCUCGCCUGGCGAUGCUACCCUCUGUACUCUUGCAGGUUUGUCCACUUGGCACACCCCUGGAUGUGCCACAACUGGGGGCACCUGCUACACCAACAGUGCCCACUCCUGCUGGGAACCAGAAGCAGCCAGCCUGGAAGACGGGGCUCCACCGUGGUCGAGCUGUGGUGAAUGUGGCACUGACAGAAACCGUGCGCUCCAUGCAGUAUGGUAACCGCAGCAGACAGGACCUGUGGGACGUUUAUGGCACUGUGACAUGCAAAUGUGAAGUAGAAGGGGUGCUCCCAAAUGUGAUGGUGACCCUCACACUGCCACCAAACGGUUCUCCACUUCAGGACAUCCUAGUCCAUCCUUGUGUCACUUCACUGGAUCCUAGUAUCCUGAGUGCCAGCAGUGUGGAUAACUCUGAUGGCUCAGCUUUCUCUGGGCCAUAUAAGUUCCCCUUCUCUCCUCCUCUGGAGCCUUUCAGACUAUGCAGCUAUACAUCUCAGGUCCCAGUUCCCCCUAUCCUCGGUUCGUAUCAGCUGAGGGAAAAAGAGAACCAGCUUCAUGUGUCAGUAACUCUCAAACUUCAUGAGAGUGUGAAGAACAGCUUUGAGUACUGUGAAGCACACCUGCCAUUCUUUAACAGGGAUCACAUGGGUGUUGUGGAUUUGAAGGUGAGCUCUGGACAACUGGAUGUUUCAAAGGAGAAGAACCUGCUGGUCUGGGGCCUCGGACAAAAGUUCCCUAAAUGUCGUGAGGUCACAAUGGAGGGCAAGAUCAGCUUUUCUGGGCCGACACGGGGACCUUCUGACCCCCUCUGCACAGGACUUACAGCCUAUAUCAAAUUGUAUUUCAAAGUGCCUGACAUGACGCUCUCUGGGUGCUGUGUGGACCUGCAUUCAGUGCAGGUUUAUUCCUCUGCCAAACCCCGGAUUAUAACAUCCCGCGAACUUCAAUCCAAAGAGUACUUCAUAUGGAAUUCAACUGGAACUGCUCCAGUAUCCUCUGGGCAGAUGAUGCUGUAGCAUGGAUACAAAGGACAGCAGUGGAAAGGUGCUUGGUUCACCAUACUGUGAUAGGACUGAAGACUGUUGAACAAAUACAGUGAUCCAGACUGGAUAUGUGACCCCACAAAAUGAAUUUGUUGCCACCUGUUGUUAUUGCAGAGCUCACAAAUGAUAGAAAAUGUAAAUAGCAGGCCAAAAGAAAGACUGAAAGACUAACACACUGAAUCAUUUUAUGUUCCUUCAGUACAGUUCACAAUGUGCACACUUUGACUGGCAGAAAUGUUGAUUUCGUUGAUGGAUGGUUACUUUUAAAAGAAAACCUGCCCCUGUAGGCCAACUUCUUUUAUCCCCCAACCUUCACCCUCCCUCAAAUUUAUCCCAUUGCAGACACAAGGGCCACCCCUCGCUCUGACAGUCCCACUUCAGUGACUCUCCAUCAGCCGGAUAAUUAGCAGCUGGGGCCUUGUCAUCAGCUGUUGUGGGCCUGGAGGAGAGGGGCGGCUGGGCUGUGAAAGGCCAGGCUGCUCUGGCCAGUGUCUUGGCUACAAAAGGCUCCUCUUUUAGAGCUGGCAGGAGUCCUUUGCCCCCUCCACCAAUCACUUCCCCACCCCUUUUGACCCCAUCCCCGCCCUGUCAACUAGUGGCUAGUUCAAACACUCAACCUCUCCAGCCAGACUGUGAUUGAGCGCUGACCCUCUGGCCCUCUGAGACUUUAAAGCAGCCGGUCCCAUUCAGCGAGCAGGACCUGCCUAAUUGGUGAAAAAGUCACAAGGAUGGAAAUGGUUGAGUCACCUCUUGAGGUUGUGUGGGCGCUUAAUUAAUGUAGAACUUUAAUUAUAUUAUUUUGAUCUUGAUUAUUGUAACACAAGUGCAAACACCACUUUAUAAUUAAUACCUAAUUAUAAAAAAUAUUUAAAGAGGGGCAUUUAGUUCCAGAUGUUUCUCACAGUUUACUAUUAUUUUAACUAUACUAUACUAUGAAGUUUCAUACUGUUACCUUUCUACUAUGGAAGCUCCACCUCAGUGUAUUAAGUCAAAUGAAUAACCAGCCACUGAAGGGUUAAAUCAGAGGAGAUUGUGCCCCACUAUUCCACAGCAGCCAGACUCCUCUGAGUGCCCUCAUUGUCUGCUGUUGGCCUCUUGUGCCCCUUGCUGGUCCAAAUGCUACAUUCUCACGUGGAUUUCCACUCAGAAGGCUGACCAUGACCAAUCCUCUGUCAAUUGGAACCAAUUGCUCACACGGCAUCCUUCACCUUCUUUUUAUGUAGCAGUACGGAGUGGCAGACACCGAGACCUCGCGGCUCUCCAACUCCACGAUGAUUUGGCUUUAAGGCCCAGUGUGUGUGGCUAGCGAACUGGAAAAGGAGAAGUUUUUUUUUUUUUGAAGAGUUGGGCCACUCUAAAUCCUCCUCAGUAUCCCAAUAUGUGGUCAGUCUGGCUCCUCAUGUCUGCAGUCAGUGGCCUCUCACUGGCAGACUUUGCUUUGUUGAUUGAAUGGCUUGCUAAGUAGAUGGACUCGUUUUAAUGUGCUGCUCUGCUCCGGUGCCUUCAGCUCAAACCUUUGGGGUCUUUAAUUCAGUGUUUUCCAGAAUCAUUAUUUAUUUAUAUAAUCAUUGUUUAGUCUUGUAUACAUGAAUACAGAAAAGGGAUUAACACUUUUGUAUGAUAAUCAUCAAAAUGAAACAGGCUCAAAUAAAUUUGUGAAAGCAUGGAUCGUCAUGUUAAUAUAUCACACGGUUGCAUAGCCUUAAAUUCUUGAAAUUAUCUUUUAUACCAUAACAUGUACUACAAUAUUACAGACACUGCUAUCUACUCAACUGUGGGAGUUUACUUCACUGUGUCCCUCAGCCCAAUAAUGACACCCAGUGGUAGAGUACAAUAAAGUUCAUGUUAGACUGUUCUCAUUUCUUUAA